CCUUGUCCCUUCUCUGUUGCGCUCUUUUCUCACUUCUUCUUUUCCUCCUCACCGUCCAGCGCUUCGCAGGGGCUGUUCGUAUGUGCUGCUUGACAUCACGGGCACGUCAAGAUGGAGACCUUCAGCUCCCGCAACCUGGCCUUGCAAGCCGAGAAGAAAAUCCUCAGCCGAAUGGCCAGUAAAUCCAUGGCCAACAUGUUCAUCGAUGACACGAGCAGCGAGAUCCUGGACGAGAUGUACCGGGUCUCCAAGGAAUAUACCCAAAACCGGGCUGAAUCUCAGAAGGUCAUCAAGAACCUCAUCAAAAUGGCCGUCAAGAUCUCCGUCCUCUACCGCAACAACUGCUUCAGCGACGCCGAGAUGAGCUUGGCGGAGGAGUUCAAGCACAAACUCCACCAAGGGGCUAUGACGGCCAUCAGUUUCCAUGAGGUGGACUUCACCUUUGAGAAGGCCGUCUUGGCCCAGAUUCUCCAAGAAUGUCGGGACUUGCUGCUGAAGCUGGUGGAGAAGCACCUGACGGCCAAAUCCCUCGGGCGCAUCCGUCACGUCUUUGACCAUUUUGCCGAUACAGAACUCCUGACCCGGCUGUACAGUCCAGGGGAACCCUAUCAGCCCCGCUUGAAAAAGAUCUGCGAGGGGUUGAACAGGCUUAUCGACGAAGGGAAAUUGUGAGAGGGGAGACAGGAGAGAACGACUCCGGAGACCCCAUCACACAAAACUUGCCGCUGGAGAAAUUAGGCAGAGAGAGCCGCCAACCCCAACAUCUGAUAAAAGGGGGAACGGAAGAGCCCCGGUACCCACCCAGAUGUUACCCUGUGGCCCGGACCUGUGGACAAUCUGGGCUCUUCUUGGAGGCUCAUCGCCUCUCUGCAUCCACCACCACACUAAUUACUCCAGCCAGAUUUCUAGAAAAGUUGUAGAUCUUGCAGAAUCUCCUGCCAGAGUCACUAGAAGCCACCCCCCACCCUUCCAUCUGAGCCUUUGGGAUCCCAGCUGGUCUUUGCAACCAGCAAAAGUCAGACAUUUAAAAACUGUUGCAAAAAGAGAAGUGGAUAUUUUCCUCACACGCUAAGAGGGGAGGGAGUAAGAUUGAAGACACUGUUUUAAUCACUGCUUGAGUAUCCUUUACUAGGCAACACCCCUGCAAAUCUUCUAGAUCGCAACUGAUGCGAAGAAAUGAGCUGUUGUAUUGUACGUGGUUUACCCCUUAAUUUUUACUUUCUUCUGUUGGGCGGGGGCAAGUGGGGAAGAAAUAUGCUGCGUCAUCAGUCACCUAGCCACUGGCUAGCAAGUUACGGCUGCUUUAGAAAUCCCCUCCCAGUCUCUUACAAACCAGAUUCAGGCACAGUUGAUGCUGGCUGGGCCCAGAGCUCAACAGUAUCGCCCUCGCUUUCUACUCAGAAGGUCGUGGGUUCUACUCCUGGCAUUUCCAGUUUAGGAUCACAGGAAGCAGGAGCUGAGCAAGGCCUUCGCUCAGGAUCCUGCGAUCAGGCCCAGCUAAAGGGGCCAAGGAAGCCGGAUGAAUCUGCUUCAUCAGAGAGCCAGGACCGCAUGCUGCCUUCUCCCAGAUGUCAUAGAAUCAUACGGUUGGAAGGUACCUCCAGGAUCAUCUAGUCCACCCCCUCGGUCCCAGGUCAGGUGCCACCUGCUUUCCCCCGUGGGUGCCGAAAGCUCCCAUGCAAGUUGCAUCUGCCUCUUCCCGUGGUCCUCUCCACCACCACCCCUUGGGGUCAGUGGCAGCCGCUUUCCUUUUCUCCCCAGUGGCCUGUUUUCUAGUCCCGCCCCCCCAAGACUGGCAGUGACCUUGCCAUAAUAAUAUGGCCACAAUGGAUGCAGCAGCAGACCCUACCCCACCUCCACAGGCUUCCCCCCAUCCUGCUCCCCCUCCCCCUCAGAGGCAACCUUAAAAUAAGUAUGAAUCUGGGGCUUGAUCCUGGAACCACAUAGAGUACAAUCCCAAGAACUGUGUGCAGGUGGCAUUCAGACCCAGGAGGGAAGGGGGCAUACGUUCAGCCCUUCCCUGGCCGAUAGAGAUGAAUCCCCCACCGGCUGCAUAACUCAGCUUAGAGGACGCCCACUUCAGGUGCAGAAGGGCCUGGAUCUUGCUGUAAGCCCCAACUCCACCCUGCUCUGGGAGAGUGGGUCGGUUUAGCCCCAACUCCUUGCAAGUUUAGCCCCCCAAACCAGCCAGCUGCAAGGAACCAAACCACAAUAGCCCGGGGUCCCCAAACAUUUGGAAUUCUGACAUGGUGUGGUGGGCGCAACAAAAUGGCUGCCAGAAAAGAGCUGCAUCUGGAGGCGGCCACAAAACGGCUCUACCGCUUCCCUUCAGUCACACAGUGAACGUUCUUGUGCUGUGGAAGUAGCUUCUCCCAAAGCGAUGGUUUUAAAAAUCUGCACAGCCCAUCACAUCUCUCAUGGCCAAUCAGAAGUGGUGCUUGGCAAAAGCCCCAGCUGGCCCCACCCGCUUUCUACAAAUGCUUGGUGUUGGCGGUCAGUGGUGCCCAAGGGCACCACGUUGGGGACCCCUGGCCUAGCCCAUGUAGACACAGCAGUGCUGGCAGAGGAGGGUGUGUGGCAGAAGGUCCGCUGUAGGGCACCUCCUUCCCCCAGAACCAGAAAAGCCAACAGUGAUGAGUUCAGAAGUGCACUGUGGGGGUAAGGAAAGGAGGCAGGGGCAGCAGAGGGAUGCUCAGCACAGAGCAGCAGCCCCUGGCUUGUGCCCAAGAGAAGGGGACACGGCCAUUUCCUUCCUUACCCCUUUUGGAAACUCUCUCAGGGAAUGCUGUUGGACGGAGCCUCCUCCUACAACUUGACUCAGGAAAUACAGAGAUUGAAAAUAAACUCUUUCCCGCUUCCUCCUUAAAUAGCACGGUGUUCCGGUUUCUGUAAACCAGGUUGGCAAGAAAUCAGCCAGCCAGGGAGCAGGUGCUGCUCACCUUCUGGGAGUGAACGCCAGAUUCAACUAAGGUUGCCAGCCUGCAGGUGAUGGCUGGAGAUCUCCCGGAAUUACAACUCUUCUCUGGGCCAUAGACGUCAGUUCGCCUGGAGAAAUCGACUGCUUUGUAUGGUGGUCUCUGUGGCAUUAUACCCUGCUGAGGUCCGCUCCCUCCCCAAACCCUGCCAUAUCCAGGCUCCACCCCCAAGACCUCCAGGAAUUUCCCGACCUGGAGCUGGCAACUCUAGAUUCAACCCACCAGACAAAGCUGAUCAGCAACUACUUUCUAAACGGGGGGGGGGGGGGGGUGCUGUAUUUUGAAUGGGGCAAGGGCCGGGAGCACUGACUCUACUCCAACCCCAAAUUAGAUUAACUCUUUCUGGGCCAGCAACAGAAAUCUCUAAUUUUCCCUGGUUCACAAAAAACUGUUGGAAUCUCAGAAAGGAGCGAGAGCAGCUGCUAUGCUGGAAAAGACAGGAAAAGCCCCCAAGGUAGAAUUGAGCUGCUGAGCAACUGGGGCUGUUAAUUUUGGGGAGGGCAAAAAGUUCUGAGACUGGCACCUGGGGUACAGAAGCCCUGAGUCGCAUGCCACCAUGACCUUGUAUCUUGCAGAAGACGUGGAAGCACUCCGUCUGCUGUGAGGAGCGGGCUGCAGUCAUCUGGGUUGGUCACACAGCUGAGAUAUUUCCAGGGACUACACUGGACUGGAUUAGACCUGUUUUAUUUGAAAGCCUAGCACUAGACCUAGGGCUUUCCCGCACACUCGACUUAUUCCCGGUUUUCUUAGCCGUCGAUCCCCAAGCAUUGGAAUCGGUUUGGGUUCGCUUCUUCCGCAUGUCUGCCCUUCUUUUGCAUUUUUACAGUUGUGGAGUCGGUUUAUUUUGUUCUGUGUGUGCCUUAAAUAACAAGGGGUUUCAAGUCAGGGUACUUUUAGGUGGGCAGCCGUGCUGGUCUGCAGUAGAACAGCAGGGUUUGAGUCCAGCGGCACCUGAGAGAGCAGCCAGAUUUUCAGAGUCUGAGCUUUGGAGAGUCAAAGCUCCCUUCUUCGGACGCCUUGCUGGUCUCUAAGGUGCCACUGGGUUCAAACCCAGCUUUUUAAGUGAUUCUGCUACCAUUUUCGGUGACAUCAUCAGUGACGUCAUAGUGCCCCCCCACCCUUUUAUUUUUUGCAUAUGCUUAUAAUGUUAUAUUGAUAUAAAGACUGUUUUUUUAAAAAAAUCAAAAAUGAUCGCAUAGGGAAGCCUAAAAGAGGAGCAGCUCCAUCAGCUAAACUGAAGUCCCUCCUUCACUGUCCAAACCAGAGUCCAACCCAGGUUGACCCAGAGCUAGAAGGCGGAGGCACGCACCAGCAAGGCAAAAUGACCUCUGUUGGGACGGAGCCUGGAGCACCAGCAGCUAUGGGCUUUGCAAACCACGCCACUUUUCUGGUGCCA